AUGUCGGAGCCCUCGAGCAAUGCAGAGCACGCAUCAGCGGCGAAGUCAGAUGCACCACCCCCACCUGCAACUGUCAGCACCGACCGGCCCAGUGGCUGGAGAAGACGUCUGCUUGAAAUACUAGGAUUCUUCGUUGUUGUUGCCGUUCUUGCUUGGAAUCGCUUACCUGACAGGUUCUUCAAGACUGAGCCGCUGCUGGUGGAAGGCUACACCUACUGCCGUUCCGCCCACUUCUCUGCACAAUCCCUGCGCAAAUUACCUGGCAUACAGCUCUUGGGUCUCCAUGUAGCUCCAGUCUACAACUAUACCGCACCACCAACGCCUGAGAGGAUCAUUGGUUCGUCACCGUACUUCAAGCCCAAAAUUGACGACCUCUCCUUCUGCAACGUGACAUAUGUCUAUACACAUCCAGGGUACAACAAUCGUGUCAGCGUACAAGUCUUCCUCCCAAGCCUAGCAGCCUGGAAUGGUCGCUUUCAAGGUGCUGGUGGUGGAGGCUAUUUCGCCGGUCUGGGUGGGUGGCUAUCCCCUCCAGCUGUUGCUGCCGGUUACGCUGUAGCCAGCACAGAUGGCGGUCUUCUUAGCCCAGACUAUCCACCUGGGAAUCCAUCCGGAUGGGCCACAACCGCCGACGGGCUCACCAAUUGGAACUACAUGCACGUCUUUGGGCCGUUGGCAAUCGCCGACAUGACUCGUAUCGGGCAGGCCAUCACACGGCGCUACUACGAAUUGGACCGCCCGAACCAUGCACUCAAGUCUUACUUCAAUGGAUGCUCGACUGGUGGCCGACAGGGCCUGAUGAUCGCGCAACAUAACCCAGAGCUCUAUGAUGGCAUUCUUGCCACAGCCCCUGCCGUGGACUAUGCUACCCUUCUCCCCGCCGACUACCACGCGCAGCAUUUCAUGACCGUGCACGACACCUACCCGCAGCCCUGCGAGCUCGAAUUCAUCACCGCCGCCGCGAUCGAAGAAUGCGACCCUCUCGACGGCGUUACAGACGGUCUCAUCUCGCGUCCCGACCUCUGCAACUUCUCCCCCCUCGCCCGACAAAAUACCAUUAUCCCUUGCCCCGCCGCACCGAACAAGACCACCACCCUCUCCCCUUUCGCCGCCCGCCUCGCCCAUGAGAUCUGGGCCGGCCCACACUCCCUCUCUGGCCACAGAUUACAUCCAGGCCUCAUGCACGAGACUCCCCUGACGCCCCUCGCCGGCACCUCUUGCAACUACACCACCACACCCCCAACCUGCCACCAAGUCCCUUGGAGCCUCCCCCCACUCUUCAUCCAAAACUUCCUGCUCAAAAAGCCCCUCACCGUCGACCCGGCCAUCACCCCCGUCACCUUUCCCCAGCUCAGCUACACCGACUUCCUCAACCUCUUCAAGCAAGCCAUUCUCGAGUACCGCGGUGUCAUCAGCGCCACCUCGCCCGACCUCAGCGGCUUCAGCCGUGCGCCCCAGCGCCCCAAGAUGAUCACCUGGCACGGCCUGGCGGACCAGCUCAUUGCCGCGAACCACAGUCUGGACUACUACAAGUCCGUGCUGGCGCACUUUGCCGAUAACCGCGCUGACUAUGCGGAGGCGGAAGGGGAGGAGGGAGAGGAAGGUGGUGGAGGCCCGCGGGAAGUGAGUGAUUUCUACAGGUAUUACAGCGUGCCCGGGGUGUACCACUGCUCGAUGGGGCCGGGGCCGUACCCAGGGUCGUGCUGGGACAGUAGAGGGGCGUUGGAUCAGUUGGUGAAGUGGGUGGAGGAUGGAGUGGUGCCGGAAACGUUGGACGCCGUGAGUGACAUCAGGGAUGAUGUGCUGAGUAAGGGAGGAGAUGGGAGAAUCAGGAGACCUAUUUGCACCUGGCCAAAGGUGGCAUCAUGGAAGGGUGGUAAGGAAGGGAACUGGUGGGAUGUGGAAGGCUGGGAGUGUGUCGACUAA